AGAAGUUCAUCUUUCACCAUUGUCACACCUUAUGGCGACUUGUCGGGACGUUGAGGGAUGGCUCAUCGUGUCCAACCUCCGUGAAUUUGAUUUAACUCUUUGUUUCGAGGAAGGCGUCAUCUUGACGUCUCUUCUGGCUCUACUCUUACUAUCGGCGACAUACAGAAUUUGGGCUUUGGGAUAUCUUCCGUCUCUUGAUAUCUCACGUAAAAGUCGCUGGAGACUAUGGGUGAAACUGACACUACUGGGACUCGCCAUCGUCGCGUCUUGCUUCAACCUCUUCAUUGUCUUAUCACUCAAACAAACAGCAUCAGUCGUAUGGCCUUACAUCCUUGAACCACUCGCGCUACUUGCGUCCUGGAUACUAACCCGACUGAAUCAUCGUCGGACGCUAUCAUCCUCAACUAUUCUCUUACUGUUUUGGCCUUGUUACACUGUCAGCCUCGCAAUAUGGACGAGGUCGUUCGCGCAGGAUCAUCAUUCAAAUGAUCCAUUCGUGAUUCUGUCAAAAUGGGCCGUCGAACUUUUUGCUCUCCCGGCAUACGCGCUGGAGUGCAUCUCUCCUGAUGAUUCUGUCAAGGAUAAUACAGAGAAUCCGACGAUCACCGCGAAUGUGUAUAGCAUGUGCUCAUUUGCUUGGUUGACGCCUUUGAUGAAGAAAGGUUCGAAAGAGUUCAUAACGGAAGACGACUUGCCUGCUUUGCUUCCUCGCGACGAAUCAGAGAAUCUUGGAAAGGAUCUACAGAGUUCUCUGGAGAAACACUCGUCAUUAUGGACCGCACUGUUCCUGUCAUAUGGUGGCCCGUAUCUGCUCGCCGGAUUCUACAAACUCUUGCAGGACAGUCUCGCAUUCUUGCAACCUCAACUUCUUCGAUGGCUCCUCGCAUACAUCUCGAGCUAUCAGAGCACCAAAGGCACGGCCCACCUUCUUGUUGGUCCGAGUCCUCUCGAGGGAUAUGCUAUUGCUAUCAUCAUGUUUUUGGCGUCGAUGGUACAAACUGUAAUUCUCCAUCAGUACUUCCAAAUAUGUUUCGAGACAGGCAUGCGUGUCCGUGCUGGUUUGGUAACUGCCAUCUACAAAAAGUCUCUCGUCCUUUCUAGCGACGAGCGUGGGAGUCGUGCAUCUGGAGAUAUCGUCAACUUGAUGUCUGUCGAUGCCAGCAGGCUGCAAGACCUGUGCACCUAUGGUCUGAUUGCGAUCUCUGGACCGUUCCAGAUCACGCUGGCUUUUGUGUCGUUGUACAACCUUCUCGGAUGGUCGGCGUUUGUUGGAGUUGCGAUCAUGAUCAUCUCCAUUCCGCUAAAUACGUGGAUCGCACGGAUGUUGAAGAGGAUGCAGGAACAACAAAUGAAGAACCGCGAUCGGCGCACGAGGUUAAUGAGCGAGCUUUUGGCCAAUAUUAAGAGUAUCAAACUCUAUGCGUGGGAAUAUGCAUUCAUCCGCCGCGUUCUGCAUGUACGCAAUGAUUUGGAGCUCAAGAUGCUGAAGAAAAUCGGUGUCGUCACGGCUCUUAAUUCGACGCUUUGGGGAGGCAUUCCUUUGAUUGUGGCAUUUAGUUCUUUUGCUACCGCAUCUGUGUUCUCGUCUCGACCUCUCACAGCUGACGUCAUCUUCCCUGCGAUCUCCUUGUUUAUGUUGCUCCAGUUCCCACUUGCUAUGUUCAGUCAAGUCACGUCGAACAUCAUCGAGGCACUUGUCUCCGUCAAACGUUUGUCAGGUUUCCUGCACGCUGAGGAGCUGCAGCAAGAUGCGCUUAUGAAGUCACAGAAAAACACUCUGAACAUUGGUGACGAGGUGCUUUCAAUCAAGGGCGGCGAGUUCCAGUGGAACAAACAAGAUAUUUCAGCUGCUUUGGAAGAUAUCAACUUGGCGGUGCGUAAGGGAGAGCUAGUGGGUGUCCUCGGUCGUGUGGGAAGCGGCAAGAGCAGUUUGUUGGCAGCCAUUAUCGGGGACAUGCGAAAGACGGAUGGUGAGGUGAGGCUGUUCGGCAAUGUGGCUUAUGCUGCCCAGAAUCCUUGGAUUCUUUCUGCAACGGUUCGGGAUAACAUCCUUUUCUCACAUGAGUAUGAUGAGGUGUUCUAUAACCUUGUUAUUGAAGCUUGCGCUUUGGCGCCCGACUUGGCGCUUCUUCCACAAGGUGACCUGACGGAGGUGGGUGAAAAGGGUAUCACUCUGAGCGGUGGCCAGCGUGCUCGUGUCGCGCUUGCUCGUGCGAUCUAUGCACGUGCAGAUCUGGUUCUUCUUGAUGAUGUCUUGGCUGCGGUCGACUCCCAUGUUGCCCGACAUGUGUUUGACCAUGUCAUUGGUCCUCAAGGCUUGCUCGCAACUAAAGCACGCGUUCUAGUCACCAACAGCAUCGCGUAUCUCAAGUACUUCGAUCAACUUGUUUACCUGCGCCGCGGUAUUAUCUUGGAGUGCGGCUCAUACAACGAUUUGAUUUCGAACUCGGAUAGUGAAGUGCACAAGCUUGUUCACGGUCAUGCCACCAGCGGUGCUAACUCUGGGACAACUACCCCUGGACCGUCCAGCGGCAGGGGCACUCCCACCACAAGCGAGGAAAACAUGCAGGCCACCCUUGUCGGAGAGCUUGAAUGUAUCGCGGAGAAAGCAGCUCGCAGAGAAAGUUUCAAAAAAGCCGUCGUCGCUGCACCGCCCAAGCUGCGCGAUCCCUCUUCCAGUGGCAUCACGAAGGAGCACAGUGAACAGGGCCGCGUCAAGAUGGAAGUCUACUCCCAGUACCUCCACGCAGCGUCGAAGGAGGGAUUCCUGUUCUUCGUACUUACUACGGUCCUGCAGCAGGUGAUGUCUAUCAUAUCGACCUUCAUGCUCAGGCUCUGGGGUGAGCAUAAUCGCGAGACGGGCGUCAACGCCGGAUUGGCGGACAAGUAUUUCCUGGGAUAUGGAUUGUUCAAUUUGGCGGCCAUUUUCCUGGGCGGAUGUUCCGCGCUUCUGAUUUGGGUUUUCUGCUCGCUUCGCAGUUCAAAGCACCUUCACGAUUCGAUGUUGCAUUCGGUCAUGCGUGCGCCUCUGAGCUUUUUUGAGACAACACCAACGGGACGUAUUUUGAACUUGUUUUCUCGCGAUACGUAUGUUGUCGAUCAGAUCCUGGCUCGAGUGAUCCAAAACAUGAUCCGCACGAGCGCGGUCUGUGCUUCCAUUGUCUUGGUCAUCGGCUUCAGCUUCCCGCCCUUCUUGAUCGCAGUCGUCCCCCUGACCUGGUUCUAUUAUAGGGUCACUGUGUACUACCUAGCAACAUCGCGUGAACUCAAGCGGCUUGAUGCAGUGUCCCGAUCACCCAUCUUUGCGUGGUUCUCGGAAUCCUUGGCCGGACUUUCUACCAUUCGAGCCUACGACCAACAAUCCAUUUUCAUUGCAGAUAACGCACGCCGCAUUGAUCGUAAUCAGUUGUGCUACCUCCCUAGUACUUCCGUCAACCGCUGGCUUGCAAUACGGUUAGAGUUUGUUGGGGCAGUGAUUAUCUUCAUCACCGCUCUUUUGACUGUCGCUGCUGUUGUGACUAGCAACGUUGAUGCAGGGUUGGUUGGUCUAGUUUUGUCGUAUGCUUUGAAUACGACAGGGUCUCUGAACUGGUUCGUACGCUCCGCGAGUGAAGUAGAACAAAACGUGGUUAGCGUCGAACGUAUCGUCCACUAUGCGAAAGACCUUGAGCCGGAAGCUCCUUAUGAGAUCGCUGAGAACCAGCCUGCCUCGGAGUGGCCCACUGCUGGGGAAGUUGAAUUUCGCGAAUACUCGGCACGGUAUAGGCCCGAGUUGGAUCUAGUCCUCAAGGAUAUUUCCAUGACUAUAAAACCCAAAGAAAAAAUUGGCAUAUGUGGCCGAACCGGGGCAGGGAAAUCAUCUCUUCUUCUCGCCCUCUUCCGAAUCAUUGAGCCUACAUCUGGAACUAUCUUUAUCGACAAAGUAGAUAUAAGCAAACUUGGCCUGCAUGAUCUGCGCUCCGCGAUAUCCAUUGUUCCUCAAAAUCCAGACUUGUUCGAGGGCACAUUGCGAGAGAACAUCGACCCUGUUGGCGAGCACCAGGAUGUUGAUAUAUGGACCGCUCUGGAACAUGCCCAUCUGAAGGCAUAUAUUGAAUCCCUCCCUGGCGGACUCGAUGCUCCGGUUCAGGAGGCUGGAUCAUCGCUUUCGUCGGGUCAGAGGCAGCUGUUGUGUUUCGCCAGGGCGCUCUUGCGCAAGACUAAAGUGCUUGUCCUCGAUGAAGCAACAUCUGCUGUUGAUCUAGAUACCGACCGAGCAGUUCAAGAAAUUAUCCGGGGUCCGAUCUUCCACGAUGUGACCAUUCUAACCAUUGCUCACCGCUUAAACACAAUCAUAGAGUCUGACAGGGUUCUAGUUUUAGAUGGUGGAAGGGUUGCCGAAUUUGAUACUCCACAGAAUUUGCUGGAGAAUAAGACUUCGAUCUUCCGUUCUAUGGCGAUGGAGGCUGGUCUAGUUCAGGUCCAACUUGAUGAUGCAGACGAGAAGGCAUAGGCAAGGAUGGUAUUUAUACCUAAUGAUGCACGAUAUUUCAUGUACACUUGGAUAUUUUAUCAUAAAAUAUGUUUGCGUUUUGAC